AUGGCUGAACGGAUCGCUUCCUAUCGUCCCUUUCAGUCCUUGGAGGAGCUCUUGGAGGUUCCGGGUGCUGAAGAGUUUGAAGUCCUCAAAGGCUUCACCGUGGAGCCGCAGCUCGUUUGGGCAAAUCAGACUACCCUGCAGUGCUAUGAGAAUGUUAAGCUGCACGUCCCAGGUGGCCCGGAGAACCUCCGCCGGGCCUGGUUCGGAGUGCCGUCCGGUGCCUGGCGCGACGCGGAGCACGUCGGCGCCGAGUGCAGCGAGGCGGUGCGACGGCUGAUGGAGACCAAGCGACCCAUCAUCACCUCACCCGGCACGCUGGGCUGUGAUCCGGUGCCCGGUGUGUGGAAACAAUUUCGACUGGAAUUGGUGGACAACACUGGGUUCAGCGCUGAAGAGCCAGUGACACUGCGCUACUUCAAGACCUUGGAGGAAGUUCCAUCAGCUCGAGAAAGUCGUUGGGUGGCAUUCAUCCGCCAUGCGCAAGCGGGUCACAAUGUGGAAAAGGCAUUGAUCAUGAACCCGGACAACGCGCUCACCGAUGAAGGAGUUGCUCAAGCCUUGCGCGGAAGAGAGGGCCCUGCAGGCGAAACGGUCCGCGCGGCUGAGCUUCUUGUGACCAGCCCGCUGACUCGAGCGAUGCAGACAGCUGGGCUGCUGAUGGGUGACUGCAGUGUACCUGUCCAUGUGGAUGCUGGAAUCACCGAACGAUGGAGCGCUCCAUGUGAUGAGGGGACGCCUAAGUCAGAGCUGCUUCUGAAAAGUUUGCCCGGUUUGGAGCACUUCAGCACAUGGAAUGGAUGGGAUGCUUUGGAGGAAGUUUGGUGGACUCAACCUGGAGAAGAUCAAUGGGCGCGUGCAGAGGCCUUCGUGGCCAAAGUACGAGAGAUGCCACAGGAUCGGAUUGCUUUUGUGGGUCACGGUGGCUUCUGGGACACUGUCCUUGGUGCCUACAUGAAGAACUGCCAGGUCUUGUUUUGCGACCGUAACCUCUUGUGA